AUGGUGCUUCUCGCGCUCGAUGAGUUCUUCCGGUCUUUCUUCCUCUUCAACGCACAGCCGCGCGACGCGCCUCCCUCCGCGUCCGCCGCGGCGCCCGCGCCGUUUCGCCGACCCACUUCGUUCCUCGUCUUCUGUACUCCCGAGGUCGACAGCAUCUGCUGCUGCCAGCUGAUCUCCUCCUUCCUCAACUCUCGUCUCCUGUUUCUGGACAGCCAGUGGGACUUUGGCAACGUUGCCUUCGACAUCGAGGUCGUCUCGGGGAUUCCGGACGUGCUCGCAUGGGUCGAUAGGCACCUGGCGUACGCGCGCGGCGAGUCUGCGUCGGCGUCUCCGUCGCUGCCGUCGUCGUCCGCGUACCGGCUGCCGUUCUACGACCGAAUUCUCUUCAUCGGCCUGGGCGGCCUCGCAGACGAAGACGAGCUGGAUGCAGACGAGCGGGGAGAAGAAGACACCGCCAGCCGCGCGGAUCGCAGCCAGACGGCGACGCUCUUCGCGGCUGUCACAGAUCUCUUUCUGCACAGAGCUGUGCGUCUAGAGGCCCUCGAGGAGCUGCGAAAGGAGAAACGACGCGAGCGAAUCGCCCGCCUCCGCAGACGCCCCUACGGGCUCUUCACUCCCGCAAGAGGGGACGCGGCGGACGGCGCGGCAGGCGACAGCCAAGACGAGCUCCGCGACCGAGCGGACGGCGGCCGCGGGGGAGAAGAGAACGCAGCAGGCGCCGCUAGAGCGGCGGCUCUGACGCCUGAAGAUGAGCAGUGCGUGCAGAGACUCGAGGCGAAAAUCCGGAGCGGCGUCAAAAUUGCGGUUCUCGACUCCCGACGGCCUGUUCACACCACGCUGAUACGCGAUUGCCGGUGGAUGAUGCCUAUGGAGGUUGCCGAGCAAGAGGCGCUCGACCGGCGGCGGAGAGAGCGCCUGGAGGCGACCAAUGGCGCGUCGUCGUCGCUGCUCGCCGCGGGCGUCUACCGAAGCAAGCCCUGUGCAGCGGUCCUUGCGAGGAUCCUGGAGCCCCUGUACGAGGUGGAGAGCAGCGCGUACGCGUUCGCAGGCGCGACGGCGGCGGCGGCGUAUCUGCAGGAAGAGUGGCUUUCCGGCGACGAGUACAACGACUUGAUUUUGGCGAUCAAAGACGUCAACAUCUCGACCUUCCCGUACAUCGAGGACGACGACAACAACGGCCUGCUCCCUCUCCUCAGGAACGGCUGUCUGCGCGACGCGCUCAACGUGAGCGCGCAGCUGCUGUUCCGCGCCGUCGGCAGCAGCCUGCCCUCGGCCGGCGCAGCCUCUGGAGAAGUCGCUCGCUCGUGGCAUUGCCAGCAGCAGAGCAACGAGCUCCGCGUGCAGUGCGGCCUCGAGUGCAAAGACAUGCUCAAUCCCUUCAGCGGCCUCGCUGCGGCGCAGCAGCGAGUGGUCUACGAGUACCUGCGACAGACGCUGCAGCUGCGGGAUUGUUACUGUCUCAACUGGGCGAAAGAUCGGGGCACGUUCCCCUCCGUUCCAAACGUGGACGUUGCCUACCUUCUUCAGGCGCUGCUCGCCAGAUCUGGAGCGCCGGAGGCAGCCGGGGGUUCACUGUACCGGACCAACGCGAUCGACGCGCUGCAGCUCCUCUCACGAAUCACCUCCACGGUGACCCGCGACCAGGGGCUAACGCUGCAGCAGUUUGAGCAGGCGCAGUCUCUCGUCGUGCAUCAGCUGCUCCAGCUGUACCGGCACCUGGACUUGGCGCGUCUGAGUCACGCGCGAGGCGGCGUGCUGUUGGUGACGCUGCGUCAUCCGCGGGCGUUUCUGCUGCACCCGACGUACCUGCGGACGUUCGCGCUGCUGUGUGCGCUGAAGCAAGCAGGCGGCGAAGAGGACAAGCGCCUGCCGGUCGUGCUCCACGUGUGCCUCGAGGGGGCACCGGGCGAGACAGGCGAGCGCAGCAUCUUGUUCGCGUGUACGCCGAAUGCAGACGCAGACAACCCGGACCUUUUUCCCUUCGUCUUGCACCUUCUCUUGGCCAGCGGCGACAUGGGCAGAGGGCUGGCGGAGAGCAAGCGCGGGCGGAGACGCCGAGGCGGAGACGGCGACGCGGACUCGGCAGCUGCAGCUGUCGCCCGAUGCGUGAAGCGUGACGGCGGAUGCCCCCACAUGCUCCACGUCAGCGCGGGUCGCCUGGGCGCAGAUGUGCAGAAGCAGAUCGCCGCGGUCUACGUGCGCGAAGUCCGCCGGCGCACGGAGGAGGAGGAAGCUGGUCGCGACGGCGAGGACGACGACGACGACCUCGACUUUGGCGUCGACGACGGCCGAGACUCAGAAGAGCCAGAGGAGGACACCGAAACGGGCGGCGCAGUAAGCCAAGAAGACGACGAAAGAGAGCGAGACGGGCGGAACUGGGUCGCCGAGGGAGAAGAGAGCGAGGAGGAAGACGAGCUCGCCGCGCAAGAGGCGAAGCGCCGCCACAGCGUCAGCGGCGACGCGAGGCGGCAGGCGCGCAGGGGCGACGCGGCCGGGGUCGACGCAGAUUCGGAUGACUAG